AUGGCCGAGGACCGCGUCCCGGUGAGAGCCAGCUACGUGAACCUCUACAAAUGGCCGGAAUCCGACUUGGACUUCGUUAGGUCCUUCAAAUCCAAAUCUCGCAGCGGACACCGUAGAGCGCUGGACAGUAUUUCAUGCAGACAACUCUAUUUGAGAAGCUACCCUCUUUCCCGAGAGGAAGACAAUCAUGACACGGCGUCGUUUAAUUGUCUCGGUAGAGGUAACAAAGCCAGAAAGAAGAAUGUGAAGAAGGCCAAGUCUACGACCUGCUCCGCCUUGGCCUAUAUUUUCAGGCGCCUCUUGUCUUGCACCACCGACGUUGAUGUUGCUAACUAA